UUUCUCUCCUGCAACUUCCUCAGCUCCAGCUCCAGCUGCCUCUGCACUCUGUCUCUACCAUUUCUCUGCCAUUAUCCUCUCCUCAGGCAUACCCAUCAACUCUUAUAAAACAAACUCACUCCAACCCCGCCUAUCAACGCACCAACCCCGAGCUCCCCCAGCUGACCCCUCCUCAACAUCACCACCACCACCAUGUCCACCUACGAAGUGGAACACAACACCACCGACCCCUCCGCACCCAACCCCUCCUCAAACAACAACACGACAACCCACCGCCCACGCCGCCCCGACCUCUCCACCUUCUUCGCCACGCUCUCGGAAAUCACCCCCGAUGAAUCAUCCAGCGCAUCGACCCGCCAUCGGCCCCACGCGGUCCCCGUGCCGCGCGACAUCAGCGCCGCAUUCUACACCCUCGCCGAAGCGCUGAACGUGAUGCGCCGCGAUGGUGCGGGAAUCGCCGCCGCCGCGGCGGGGGGCAUCCCGAGCUUCGGGCCGGAGGAUUCUACCACCCCCGGCAGCGAUGCAGACGGGGGUAAUGGUAACGGCCAUGAGCUGCUGACGGAGAUGAUUCAGUCGUUGUUGCAGUCGGCGGAGAGGCCGCCGAAGGAGGUGGAGGGGGUGAGUGAGGAGUUCUGUGAUGUUCUCGAUCGUGUGCCCAAGGCGGCGUUGAACUCAUCGCAAGUUUGUCCCAUUUGCAACAACCCUUUCCUCGAGGAUCAGUACCCCCUUGUCGUGCGGUUGCCCUGUCAUCCCACGCAUUUGUUUGAUCUCGAGUGCGUGAGACCCUGGUUGCGGCUGCGGGGCACGUGUCCUUUGGAUCGCACGGAUUUCGCCAAGCAGGAGAGAGAGAAGGCCGAGGCGAGGAAGAAGCCGGUCGUCGAUGAUGAUGAGGAGGAGUGGGAUGGGAUGUAUGGUUAGGUCUGGGGUUGAGGUAUGACAUACGGAGCAGCCCACAGAAGGUCGUUUGCGAAGGUACUAUAUGCUUCGGAGUUGAGGGCAUAACAGAGUCGCAUAGAGACGUUUCAUUCAUGAGUUGUUCUUUGGUUUCCUUUCCUUCCCUUUUUGUGGGGCUUCUAGCCUAUGUACAUUCUUCAAGUGUAUUGGAAAGCAAUGGAGUUUACUCAGAGCUCCUCUCUGGGUCGAAGGGCCAGUUUCCCUGCCUUG